AUGAACGGCUUCUUACUGCUGCCCGACAAGGUACUCCUUGCGUUAUCCUCCAGGAUAACGCCAUUCUUCCUUCUUCGAGCCAGCUACACCCUUAUCGACACGGCCCUUCCUCUACUCUUCCGAAAUCCCAUCAUCCGUGUGCUCACCCCGUCGCUCGCGUUCUCAGCUGAUGGGCUAGUAUGGCUCAUUAUCUUCUACAACUUGUAUAAUCUCUGCCAUCCACCGGAGAAUUGGAUUGACCAAGGCGCGGCCCAUCUCGUCCACGGGGUUCACCCUGUCGCAAUUCCAGAAGACACUUCCUCGCCAACGACGCAAACAAAUAAUGCAGGAGGGAACAUGGAAAGCUCUGGUGGGCAAGCGAAUACCUGGAGCCGGCUCCUGUCGUCUUUCACAUCCCAGCGCAGAUACGGUGCCACGAAUGACGAAGAGCGUGGUCGCACCAACCUUCAUAUUGAAGGACCGGAGAGCCCUCCCUCACCGCGAUCACCCAUGCCAACCGGGAAGAAUCCACAAACUCCCGAUGUAGCUAUAGUGCACGGAGUGGCAGCAAGCGGAACUCAGCUAUACGCUCAGACAGGACCAAUGGCUCCUGCAUGGCUACUACAAGACACAGUGAACGGUCAGGCUGGAGAUGUCGUACACACGGACGAGAACACGCCACAAAGAUAG